AUGACUGUCCCACCCUUCACGAUGGCUCUUCAGCAAGACGUCCUGCUCUUUCUUUGCUUUUUACCCUUUGCUAAUGCUCUCUACAAGCAAUGGAUUCCAGACACAAAUUUUGAAAAUGCAACCAACUGGGAUAAAGGCUCAAUACCGUGCGGUAGCGACCAAGUGGUGUUUCUGGCACAGAGGAAAGUGUCUGUUUACGUAGAAACUGCUCACACCAUCACUGGAAUGAACUUGCCGAUGGACGGGGAGUUUAUCCUGAUGUCUGGAGCUGGCUUUUCUGUGAGAGAUGGUGGAGAUCCUGGCUGUGGGUCUGGCGUUACGGCUCAUUUUAAAGACUAUGAAUCUUUGAAGUGGUUCGACCCGUCGCUGUGGGUGGCCGCGACCACUGUCGACGACCUGCACAGGGGUACGUAUCAGUUUUCAGUCCAUGAGGAGAGCGUCCCAUGUCGGUUUGAAGACGUUGUGUUUCAGGAGGCCACCUCAUUCCGCGUGGAUGUUUCUUCGAAUCAUGACGUCCACGUGAAGAGCAUCUCCGUACUUGGGAAGAAGUUCACCAGCAGCUCUGAGUUCUCCCAUUUUCUGUCUUCUGGUUCCGGCAAGCUCCAGUUUCACGGUUCUUCAUCCCUUAGCAUUGGUGGUGCAGGCUGCAGCGACAUCACUGGAUGCAUCUGCGGUAAUUCUGUGAAUCGUGACAAGAUCUGCGCGAAUGUGAAAUGCGAGUCAUUGGGUUGCAGGAAGCCCCUGCACCCGGUGGGACAUUGUUGUGAUGUCUGUGGUGCCAUUGUGAACGUUCAGUUCUCUUCCAACUUCAACUUCGAGUCAUAUCGCCAGAGGCUUCAGCACCUGUUCCUCAGCAUGCACAAAUACGAAUUGAUACAGCUGGCCAUGUCGAAAGUUUUACAAGAGCAGAGGCUGCUGGGAGUGAUUCCUUUCGGAUCCUCUCAGGAGAUUCAGGUGCUGCUUCUGGACCAGAACAUGGGCCAAGAAGCGGGAAAGCUAGCUGAAGCCCUUGCUCGUGACAUAGCAAAGGACGUCCACAACCACGGCUCCAACCUCGGCAUCAGUGCCAUGGAGUUCCAGGCAUCCUCAGGAGCGAGCAGCAGUGACGCGACUGGGAACAGCGCGGGGCUAUUGACCGGUGCCGUGCUGGGCUCUCUGGUUGUGGUGGGUUUACUAGCAGUCCUUACUGUGCUCUACCGCCGUGGCAUUGUUAAAUUACCCAGGAUGCCUAGCAUCCCCUCACUCAGUAAAUGGAAGAACAGUAGUGACAUUGGCGAGCUGGGUGGCCCACUGGACCGGGGUUUUGUUAACCCCAUGUUUGACAAACCGACCAUGAUGCCUGAAGAACCGGUACUGUACGGGACAGAGACUGUGAACUCUAUCACCCUAACUCAGUCAGGGGUCCAUUUCGUAAAUCCCGUUUAUGAUGAAAGCGACUUUAAUGCAUGA